AUGGCAAGUGCAGGUAGAGCAAUGGGGAUUUCGAGCUUCCCUUCAUCUCCAUCAUCUUUCAUGAAGAAUACCAGAACAACUUCUUUGUCAUCCACCAUUGUUCCUGUGAUGGUUACCAAGUUGAUGAGAUUGAGAAGAACAACCAUCAUCACCUGCUGCUCAACAGUGCAAGAAUCAUCCACCUCUACUUCUUCGAUAGUUGCUGAAGGUGGGAAAGAGGAAGUGAAACCAGUUGAAGUAGAAGCCCCAGCAAAGCCAAAGCCAAAACCAGCAGCUAAAGCUCCUAUGAAGCCAUUGCCUCAGAUGAUGGAAGAGGAUGUUAUCCCUUCACUGAAAUCAACACUUGAAGUGCAAGAUGACAUCUCUGAACUUCAACUAUCCUUCCAAGACAACACAUUGGAAGGUUCAUUUGUGAAACAGAGCAUUCCAUAUUCUUUCUGGGCCUUUUUCCCUGAUGGAGUCCUCACAGGUGCAAGGGGGUUUUCCAUAUCCUCUUAUGGCCAAGGAGCCAGCACUGUUGAGCCAUUUCUGAUUGAUGAGAAGAAAAUCACACCCAGACAUGUCGUGUUUUGGGUGGAAAAGCGUUUGGCAGCUCAAGGAAUCAUUCCAGUCUGGAAAUAA